UAUGGAACUAAGUACUGGAGGAACCAUUUUAUAUAAUCACUAUUAUGGCAUGCUGCAAAAGUAUACUCGUGAAGUCGAAGUCAAAGCAAGAGACCUCAACAUCGCCUUUCUUAGAGGAGGUCCUCAAGGCCCACAACCAGUACCGGACUACUCACGUGGUGGCGCCACUCGCGCUCAACAAAGAAAUGUCGGCGCUGGCGCUGAAAUGGGCUAAUAAUCUGGUGGAAACUAACUCGUUCAAGCAUAGCGGCACCUCUUACAAUGGGAAGACAUUAGGAGAAAACAUCGCUAUAAAGUGGAGCUCGACACCAGUAGAGUACACGGGCCAAGAGAUCACAGAUCAGUGGUAUAGCGAGAGUCGGAACUACACGUAUGGAAAUCAGUAUCAACCCGACUGUGGUCACUUCACCCAGGUGGUGUGGAAAGGUUCUGCGGAGCUGGGAGUUGGAAUAGCGAAGAAUGAAGACGGAAGAACCAUCGUUGUGGCCAAUUACUCCUAUCCCGCCGGAAACACUCGUUUUGGCGAGUUCGAGGGGGGCGUGGCCUCAGCGGCCCUCCCUCCUCUUCCGCGGCUCACGUAUUCUCACGUUUUGCAGAUAAAAACCCCUCGAAGCAGUCAUUCAGUAAGCAGGAAGUCGGGGCUGCUGGUUCCCAUGAAUCCCUCAAGAGUGCUGGCUCUGCAAAAAGAUACCCGAGUAUUCUACGGGUCUGGAGCUCCACUUCAUGGCGAUGUUUUCUCCAACGGUCUUCCCGUUAAAGCGGCAGUCGCUGUGCUCGAACAGGUCGGCGGAUGCAAGUCUGUUAGCCCACUUCUGCGCAUGCGCCGACAAGUGUUUGUCGUGCGACAGCGGCGGCACCUGGUGGAGAGCCCGAAAACGACCAUGGCGAACAAGCAAUUCGUCGAUGAUUUGAUGAAGGCACACAACGAGUACCGGGCUAUUCACCAGGUGCCGCCACUGGUGGAAAACGACGACUUGAAUGAGCUUGCGCAGAAAUGGGCGAACCAGCUGGCCAACUCGAACAUGUUCGUACACAGCCAGUCGAACUUCAAAGGGUCGAAAGUGGGCGAGAACAUCGCCAUGAAAAUGACGUCAUCACAGGAGGAAUACUCAGGUCAAGAAGUCACUGAUCAAUGGUAUAACGAAGUUCAGAUGUAUCGUUUCGGAGGUCGACGUUAUUCCGGACUUUUUAUGUGUAGUGAAUACGAUAACAACAUCUUUCCUCGUAUCAAAUCAGUCGACGUCAACAAAUCAACUACAACAGCUCUGAGCGUGCCAAGUGGUACAUCAUCUAACUUGAACAAGGAGUCAAGCGCGGAAGUGCUAAAGGUUUCAGGGGCCCGAUCAAAUAGUACAGAUAUAAGUAUCAAAAGUGGCAGAUCGCAGAGUACAGAGUGUGCUAACAAUUCCAACAACAACUCCUGUAUUAAAGUGCCUGCUUUAAUGAUUUGCACUGGUGGGUCUUUGAAGGAAAUUGGCAGUGAUUCACUGGAGGACAUGAGCAGACUCGGGGACAAACACAAACUGAAGACGCCUUUUGUCGACAGUCUUCUCAAAAUGCACAACAAACUGAGAGCGCGACAUGACGCCCCGGUCCUGAUGCACAGCGACGAACUGUCCAAGUACGCCCAGGAGUGGGCUGAAUUCCUGGCGCACAUGGACCAGAUCAAACACAGCCCGUGCACGCUGAAAGGACAGCGACUGGGGGAGAACAUCGCCUGCAAGUUCGACAUGGCGGGCUUUGUCGACUACUCGGCUAAAGAAGUUGCACUGCAGUGGUACAGCGAACAUUUAAACUACGAUUUCUCUACCCACAAAGGAACAAACGCUGGUCAGUUCACUCAGAUGGUGUGGAAAAGCACAAGACACAUGGGGGUGGGUAAGGCGAAGUCCCCUGAAGGAAAGGUGGUGGUGGUGGCUUCCUAUCGACCUCCCGGUAACGUCGUGGGACAGUACGAAGAAAACGUGGCUCCCCCGAACGAAGACAUUCCAGAGGAAGGCAUAAAAGCCAUUUUGAGUACGUCGAAAACGGCAGUCACGGGCUGUAUGUCUAUGCUUCGUAAGUUUGGUAUGGACAAGAAAGCUUAAGACUUAUAUCAGAACUAUUCCAGACAUUAUCACAUUGGGAGAAGUAGAGGGCAACUUAAACCAUGUGUAUGUCGCGUGUGCUGAAUUGUUUUUUAUUUUUUUGUUCAUUUUGAAGGGGUGGCGUGAAGUGGAAGAUGACGUUUCAAAAUUAAGGUAAAUCAAUUCAAUUAAUUCAAUUCCAUUUAAAUACAAUGCAAUUCAAUUCCAAUUCAAUUAAUUUCAAUUCGAAAUUUAACUUAAUUUAAUUAUAUUAAUUAAUUGUACUUUUUUCCUUACUUUCUUCAGGUGGAUGUAGGUUAGUUUGGGGGUAUUAUUUUAUUUGUUUGAGAUUGUUUUCUUCAUAUUUGGUCUAUUUAGCACCGUUAAUCGUAAUAACCUUUUCUGGAUAGGUUCCCGUAAAAUCAUAGAAAUACUAGUUUAUUAAAGGGGUACCAAUUUGAUAACUAUAACUUUGUUCAUGCGUCGUAGAAAUUAAAACAAAUGUCUUAUACACCCAUACCCACGUGAUAAUGUCUCGAACAAGUCUUGUUGGUUGAUGUCUUUAUUUGGACGUAGAAACCUAUUGCUGAGUAUGUAUGGUAUAUAUUACUACAUAGCCUGAGUAUGUACAACAUUAAAAUGUAAUUCAGUUUUGUCGUCUUUCAAAUAAUAAGUUCGAGGGAUGAUCUGUUAUUUCCAAGGAGUGAUGAGAAUUAUAAAAAGAUACCUCUGGAAUAUCUGAUUCGUCCAAAAGGUUUUGUUUUAGCAUUAGUUAUUGGGAAUUUUUGUAAAGUCAAUAUAGCUUUGCAUCAAUGCCUAUCAUAUAACUUGAAAUGCAAAGGAUUCCAAAACUACAGUGGAAUAUGACACUGUAUACAAAUACCUGUACUAUAUAACGUCAAUCUCGAAAACAUUCAUGUCUCUUUAAUACCUUUUGGAAUCACAAAGUUCCCCUUCAGUAUUUGCUUAUUAAGCCAUAAGAACAAAAUUGUAAUGAGCUGAGCAGGUGAACCUUUAACGUCGACCUUAAUGAAAGCAUUCUCUUUGUAUACUUGUUAAUAUAACCGUAUGACCACAACCAUCAGUAGUUACCUAUACGUAAUUACAGCAAUAAACGUCCACUCCUCACAAACACGUGGCAUCAUUAUCUACAGUAGAUAGCCAAAGGGUUUCGUCUUCAUUGUUAGAUUAACACUAACUGGUGAGGUAUAUAAGUGGUAGGGCAUUUACUCGAGAUGCAUGGUCUUAAGAUCGAUUUCCCCAUCUGUCUCUACAGAUAUAUAUAUAUAUAUAUAUAUUGAUAUAUAUAUAUAUAUAUAUAUAUAUAUAUAUAUAUAUAUAUAUAUAUAUAUAUAUAUAUAUAUAUCCUCUUGAUCUCUCGAACUUGAACUCAAUACCAAAACAAGAAACAUUUUAGGUUGGGACCAAGGGCAAAAAGGCAUAUAGACAAACUCCCUGAAAAAGGCACUUCAAUUUAAUUUGUAAACAAAUUGUAAAAAAAAAACGUGACACUUUAAUUUUUAAGGGGGUACAGGUUCCCCCUGGUCCCCUCCCUUAACCCGCCCUUGCAAAACAGUUGUUAUUUAAAAAGUACUGAGAUACCGUUUAGUCAACUAGUCCUUUUCUUCCCUGGGCACUAAAACGUAAAGUGAUGUAGAACUAAUUGAGAUAAUGUCUGCAGCAAAGCGAAGAGCAAACGACCACAACAUCGCGUUGCAUUUAUCAAUCAAACUCGGGCGUGUCAACUCAAUGACAAAAUGCUGCAUAGCGUUUCUCACUUGGCUCUCCGAGGAUGUUAAUUUGGUGUCAGAAGUGGGACCACCAUCGCUCGCUGCCUCGUGGGAUCUCAACUAGAUUUGACGGAGAAGUCAUAACAGAAUAUAAUUAUGAGUCUGAAGUGUUAAGACAUGGUGAGAAAAGUAGGCAAGUACUGGAGAGGAUGCCAAGAGGUCCACAGAGGAUAUUAUAGUGCUCUACUGUAAAUCAAAAUUUAAAUUAAACAACUUAUCGUUUUUCACAAUUCCUGAGAACAUUAUAAUUUAUGCUGAAAUGUAUUAAAUAAAUAGAAAGCGAAACCCAUUAAACUAAUUUCACCACACGCAUAAAGGUGACAUAAUGUGUAUAUCGGAAUAUAGUAUUAUUUGUUAUUUUGAUUUCUUUCUUCUUUGAAUUGUAACAGAUAUUUCAAAUCAAUUUGUUACCCUCCAUUUGCUUUUUUGUUGUUUAAUUUUUGUAUAUUUAUUUUUUUAUUUUUUUGGGGGUUGGUAGGUAAAUGUUUAAUGUUUUGUUUUGUUUUGGUUAUAUGUACAUGCAUGUACACAUUAUAUCCAUGAGAUAUAUAAAUAUAUAUAUUGUAGAAUGUAUUUGUUGUAUUCAAACUAUUAUUAGAUAUUUUAUCAAAUUCCCUUGACUUAUGCUAUGUUUCAACAAAUAUUUAGCAUUCCUAUGUUACUUUCUCUUCACAUUAUCCAUCUGAAAUGGUGUUAGACAUAUUUUAAUUUUAUAUAUUCAUGAUACCAGUAAGGUGACGGUGUUCAACUCGCACACUGAUGUACUGCAGUUUGUGUGGUGAUAUAUAAACGCAUACAGAUGAUA